AUAUCCUAUGUCAUGUCACCACAUAUCAGAAAAUGCCACCAAAGAAAAUAUCUUCUUAAAGUUUGUUUUUAUUCCAAUUCCGCUCUAGAUCCAUUUUGUGAUCCUAAAAAGAAAUCUUGUUAAGUUUCCAUUUUAUUGAGGAUCAAAUUCUGAUUCUAAUCGGAAACCGGUGGAAACCCUAACAAAUCUCAGUUUGUUGAAAUUAGCUUCAGAAAAGAACUUAUUGGUUUUGCAAUGGAAUCUAAUAGGUCAUCUACAGAAGGAAGAAGAUCUUCUGUGUCAUCAGAAGGAGAUGACCCCUCCCUUGAUAAUACCAAUGUUUCCGAAACUGGGUCUCUCUCAAUUAUUGUUCUUGGUGCUUCUGGUGAUCUUGCUAAGAAGAAAACUUUUCCUGCUCUGUUCAAUCUCUACCAACAGGCGCUGUCGUGGUUUCUGUGGUGUAUGCAAAAGCUUAAUGGGAUUUCUACAAUCAAAUGAAGUUCAUAUAUUUGGAUAUGCACGAACCAAGAUUUCAGAUGAUGAGUUAAGAGACAGGAUCCGCGGGCACUUACUUCAGAGCAAGAAUUCUUCCUCUGGUUCUGGGGAAUCAGAAGAUGCAGCUAAGUUUCUGCAACUGGUCAAGUACAUCAGUGGUGCCUAUGAUGGCGAAGAGGGUUUUCGGUUGUUGGAUACGGCAAUUUAUGAGCAUGAAGUCUCUAAGAAUACUCAAGAUGGAUCAUCCAGGCGACUGUUUUAUCUUGCACUUCCACCUUCAGUAUAUCCAUCUGUCUGCAGAAUGAUCAAACUCUUCUGCAUGAAUAAGUCUGAUUUAGGCGGCUGGACGCGGAUUGUCGUUGAAAAGCCAUUUGGCAAGGAUUUGAAGUCUGCAGAGGCUCUUAGUGGCCAGAUUGGGGAAUUAUUUGGUGAAGAACAGAUUUAUCGUAUUGAUCACUACCUAGGAAAAGAGUUGGUUCAGAAUCUGUUAGUGCUUCGCUUUGCAAAUCGCUUCUUUUACCCCCUCUGGAACCGUGAUAACAUCGAUAGUAUACAGAUUGUAUUCAGAGAAGAUUUUGGAACUGAAGGACGAGGUGGAUAUUUUGACGAGUAUGGAAUCAUUCGGGAUAUCAUUCAGAAUCAUCUGAUACAGGUUCUCUGCUUGGUCGCAAUGGAGAAACCCGUUUCUCUUACACCAGAACACAUACGCGAUGAGAAAGUGAAGGUUCUCCAGUCAGUUGUACCCAUUAAAGAUGAAGAAGUUGUCCUUGGGCAGUACGAAGGCUAUAAAGAUGACCCAACCGUUCCAAAUGACUCAAAUACCCCAACAUUUGCAACGGUAGUUUUGCGAAUACACAAUGAAAGAUGGGAAGGUGUACCUUUUGUACUUAAGGCAGGAAAGGCUUUGAAUUCAAGGAAAGCCGAAAUCCGAGUUCAGUUUAAGGAGGUUCCUGGGGACAUCUUUAAAUGUAAAAAACAAGGAAGAAAUGAGUUCGUCAUACGCCUGCAACCUUCAGAGGCCAUGUACAUGAAGUUAACAGUGAAACAACCAGGACUAGAGAUGUCAACAACUCAAAGCGAAUUAGACUUAUCUUACCAACAACGGUAUCAAGGAGUACAGAUUCCAGAGGCUUAUGAGCGCUUGAUUCUCGAUACGAUAAGAGGGGAUCAGCAGCAUUUUGUACGUAGGGAUGAAUUGAAGGAAGCUUGGGAGAUAUUCACCCCGAUGCUACAUCGCAUUGAUGAUGGAAAACUGAAACCAAUUCUGUACAAGCAAGGUAGCCGAGGGCCAGUAGAAGCAGAUGAGCUUCUAGCAAAAGCUGGUUAUAUGCAAACACACGGUUAUAAAUGGGUUCAACCAAAUUUAUAGAUUUAGAACAACGUGGUAAUAGCAAUAAUCUUUUACUAGAUGAGUGCUAAUAAAAACUGUGAUGAAGGGUGUCAUACAUAUAUCACGCCGAUUGAAUUCUCAAUGUCAGGUCUUAAUGUAUGUUUAGUUCAGAUACCUAAUCUAGUAUGUAUGACAUGUAUACUGUUGUGUACUUGUUAGUUAAAGUUAAUCUAAAGAAAAAUAAAUUGACACUA